AUGCCUAUUGCAGUAUGUGAUGUGACUGCAAUUUUGCAGAUACGCGUACGUGUGGACGGAUCCCAAUUUGAUCGCUUGAUCAUGACAGAGCCCGAGUUUCUCUUGUCUACACGCGUCGUGUUCCGUAGCAUUCGACAUGGCGGUACUCAGCUCCAGGCUUCAUGGCGGGUAUUUCGUAGUUUCCACGAGUUUCAGAGCCUGGAUGUUCAAUUACGACAUGCUUUCUCACAAGACAUGAAGCUAUUGGCACCGCCAUUACCACAUCGGCGUCGCACAUGGUUGCGACGCCAUCGCAGUGCAAUGUUUUUGGCAAAGCGCUGUGCUGAACUUAAUGAUUAUUUAGACCGGCUGCUGAGUAUUUCACACUUGAGACUUACGAGGUUUUUGGAUCCAAGAGCGCCGCUCAUGCUUCGCUGCUUUUGCAACUUUGAUGCAGGUCUCACUACCGCAAAGGUGACUGUGUUACCGAAUCAGAUGAAAAGCUGUGUGCUGUAUCUAGACUAUAGAGAUCGAGAUGACGAAGUAAAGAGCAAAAUAGAUGAGACUCUAGAUAGCAGUGAGUAUAGUGCUUUGGAAGGCAUGGAGUUUGACGAAGAAUUUGACGAGCGCGACAGUCGAGAGCAGUUAAUUAAACAGCGGAGACCGUCUAGAAAGCUAGAAGGACGCAGUGAAGACGCUCGAUUUGAUGAAUUACAGGCCAAUCUCAUGGAUGAUAAGGCAAGGAACUUGGCGAUCUGCACCAAGUAUGAAUGCGCUUGUCGUGUAUCGCCCUUCCGCGUAACACAUAACAAAAUGAUGCGAAUGUUACGUCUUCGUGGUCUCAAGCAAACGUAUGCACCUCCAGAAGGCGCUCUCACUGCGCUGUAUUGUGUUCUGUACAAGUUGCAACAGUACAACGACUUAGACAAGCGAUUGUAUGAUGCACUGAAUGGAUUUCCUCCGAACACGUCGAUUGAGAUCGGAACCUCGACGCAAAACGCAUCGGACGUGCUGGCAAAUGACCACUUGCAAUUGUCGGUUGGUGUAGAGCUUUUGCGCCAAACGCUGGCAAAUUACGGACUACUUCAUGUGCACAUCCUGGAACGGCAUUUUCGUACAGGUGCAGUGGACCUGAAGAAAAGACUGCAUGAGUUCAAGUCUCGACGACAAUUGCGGGUGGGUGCGGUAGAGCUCGUGCUGCUUGCUACGAUGCUGGAUUUAUGCAUUCAAUUGGUUACGAAUGAUCACGAAGGCUCAGAACAACAGAUCUUGCCACUUGCUGGUCUGCGGUCGAUUCGUAAAGGUAGCCGAAUUACCAUGACGUGUGGAUACAUCCUUCCCACGCUUGCGCGUGUCAAUGGUUUUUACCUGCUGGCUGAACGAAAUUGUACGAUUUCGAAAAUUUUGCCGCCGGCAUUGAGACACAAAGAGACCGUAUUGACAGAGCAACAGCGAACACAGAUGUGGCAGGGCGUGGACGAGAUGGAUCGGUGUUUUAUGGCGGAGAUCGAACGAAUCAUUUCAAGCGAGGUGGAUGCAUUCGCACUAUCUUUUGACUUUGACGUGGCGGACUCGCUCAAUUCUGCCAUUCUAGAUGCUGUAUGGGAUGAUUGUCAGCACAAUCCGAAUUUGUUCUACCUUUUCCACCGGCAAGCCCGACAAUUUGGCAAGGGCCACACUUCAGCUCGCUUCUUCAUGCAGUAUUUAGAAGUAGCGUUUGGACCUGAGGGUGCUAGCUAUCUCGUGGAUUUCUUGCUACACGUUCUGCCUGAAGAAGACCUGCGCAAGCAGUUACUGCGUGCUCGGUGGAUGCGCUUGCACCGUCAACUUGCCAAACGCGUCUCACCAUGA